AUUAGGGGUUCCGUGAGGGCUUACAAAAACCGGUAUAAACGGUUUAUGUUAACCUAGCGAUUAGGAUAACAUAUUCGGUGGUUUUAUUGGUGUCUGGAAUAGCUUACUUGUAAAUCCUUUGUUUGACAGUGACUUUGACAUAUCCAUCAUUGUAUGUUGUUAUCAUUUAUCAGAGUAUUUGAUGACUUGAAAAUCUUGUGUGAAUAUUGUUUAUUUUUUGUUCUUUUUGUUAAUUAUGAAUGAACGCAUUACUGUUCAACUAUGGAUAGUAAAAUUUUGCCUAAAAGUGAUAUACCCAAAGUACAAUUACUACACAUUCCUCGUGUUUUUGGCAGUAAAGUUUAGGCUCUCUUAUCAAAGGAAGGUCUUAGCCAAAAAGGACGUAGAUAUGUUUAACUUGAAGACCAUACCUGCACGCGUUCAGUGGCACCUUUUGAAGGAUUGUGCGGAAGAGAAUUUACCCGUGUUACAACAUAAAUGUGUGUUUAUAUCAAAGGAAGAUUUUAUACAAUUAAGUGCUGAAAAUCUAUUCUAUAUCGACAAUGGUAUCCUAUGGCUUGCAUUGAAACUAACUCCUGAUAUGAAAUCAAUACACAAAAACAAACAAAAAAAUGAUGACAAAGAUAAUGUAUUGAUUAAAUACAAUUUGAACUUUUUAACUUCUGAACUACAUAAGAAGUUAUGGAUGGAUAAUAGAUCAGGCAGCCUUGAUCAUAUAAGAAUAGUUCCUGUUGUGGGCUCAACAUUAGUACAAAAAGAUAUUGCCCUGACUUCAGAAAAUGAAAUGUAUAAUAUUUUAUCAUCAUUUGGUCUACUACACUGUAGGGAUAUUAGCAUUUCAUUUCAGACUAUACCUUCAUUGGAUUAUGCACCGAGUAUUGCAGAGACUGCAGAAGUCAGUCUUAUCGUAAAUGACUAUGAUUUGUCUAAUGACUUUGUUAAAGAAAUUUUGAGUAAUCAUUUUGAACUACCUAAAUUAGUGAGUUUCAAUGACAUUUUCAGUAUUGACCUUACACCGGAGGUCACAUCCAAAUAUCACUAUAAGUACCUCGAUCUGGUACAAGCAGUGGGAAAACUUUAUUUCAAGUGUAGUAAGAUUGAUGGCAGAAAAGACUUAGAAGUUAAAUAUAAUUCAAAAGUGAUUCAGUCAUUUUUUAUUGUCAAAGGAGUUACACAUCUAAAUUUGGGAGAAAACAUCCAUGCCCUGAAACCAAAAGAUGAGUUUUUCAAAUCCGAAGCAACUGAUAAAGUUGACUUGCAAAUGAUACAGUCUUGUCCAACUGGGUUGAGGCAAAAAUUUGAGCAAAUUCAAGAUGCUAUUAGUCCAUUUGUAACAGGAGAUAUAAGUGACCUGUCUUCUUCUUUGUCAAGUCCAAUUUUACCAAUGCUGCUAUUGUCGGGGCCUACUGGGUCAGGCAGACAUCAACUUGUCAAAGCAUUGGCCAGAUAUAAUGGUUUGAACUGCUUACCAAUUGACUGCAACAGCCUGCAGAGUUCCACCGCCAAACAGACAGAGAGCAAGAUCAACUCCACUGUGCAGAAAGCUAAGGCUGCUGCUCCUUGCUUAGUGCUCUUAGAUAAUUUUGAGGUGUUUGCAGUAGACCCUGAAAACAAUGAAGACUGCAGAGUGAUGGAAUACUUCAUGAACACAAUAACAGACCUCUACCAGAACUACACCAAGCACCCCAUCAUUUUCAUAGCAGUCACAGAAAAAGUAGAAUUAAAACCAAACAUACUUAGGAUAUUCUUAGAAAAGUUUCAACUAUCCAGACUAAAUGCACAGCAAAGAUAUGAAAUGCUUGUAUGGUAUGCUUCUGUGAUGCAAUUGAAUAUUGAUGGACACCAAAAUAUAACAGAUAGUAUAAUUUUCGAUAAUGAAAGCGUACUCAACAAACAUACGAAAAAUAUUUUACAAAGAGUUGCAGCAAAGACUGAGACAUUCUUAUGUGGUGAUAUUGACACGCUUUUGCAUUUUGCGAUGCGAGAAUCUUAUUUGAAGCAGCAUAACAGCUAUGUACAUUUGCCCUGUGAGGACCCAGAUUUACAUUUACUACAGGAAGAUGAUUUUAACUGUGCUUUAGAAUCAAUAAGAAGUCUCCAAAGUCAACAUUUGGAUGCUCCAAAGAUACCAAAGGUCCACUGGGAAGAUAUUGGUGGUCUCGACAAAUUGAAAACAGAACUUUUAAAGACCAUUGAGUUCCCAAUCAAAUAUCCACACUUAUUUAAGAAUUCUAGUCUCAAACGUUCAGGUAUUUUACUAUACGGGCCCCCUGGUUGCGGCAAAACAUUGGUCGCUAAGGCGGUGAGCACGGAACUCAACGUUAGCUUUCUUAGUGUGAAAGGGCCAGAGCUACUGAAUAUGUAUAUUGGCCAGUCUGAAGAGAAUGUUAGAAAAGUAUUCGAGUCAGCGCGCGCGUCGUCCCCGUGCAUAGUGUUCCUGGACGAGCUGGACGCGUUAGCACCGCGGCGCGGAGCGGCCGGCGACUCGGGCGGCGCCAGCGACCGCGUCGUCAGCCAGCUGCUCGCCGAGCUCGACGGCGUCACGCAGGCUGAAGACGCUGACGCGACCAGCCUCGUGUUCAUAAUGGGCGCCACGAACCGGCCGGACCUCCUAGAACAGUCGCUAUUGAGACCCGGUCGACUCGACAAACUGGUUUACGUCGGCCCGUACCGCGGCGUCGAGGAGAAGACUAGAGUACUCAAGGCGCUGUGCCGAAGUUACAAGCUGCGUCCGGAGGUGCACCUGCCGGACGUGGCGGCCGCGCUGCCGGACGGCUGCACGGGCGCCGACCUGCUCAGCGUAGUGUCCACUGCGCGCUCCGCUGCCGUGCGCGGCCUCGUACAGAAGUUACACGCAGGUUUAGUCAAAGAAAGCGAAUUGAACCCCGACUCAGUGGUCCUAGGGGUGUCUGAGCUAUGGCAAGGCGUGGAGGCGUUCCGGCCCUCCGUCACCGAAGACGAACUGCAAUAUUACGAGUCCUUGCAGUCGCAGAUGUGAUUAGACUAAACGUUCCUUUACGCGGCGUUCCAAGUCUAAAAGGUCCUUUAUGCUUCAUCUGAAAUAAGAACGAUUUUUUUGGUAUUUCAGAUCAAAAUAUCCGUAUUGCACUGAAGAAUAAGGGCUUCUUUUUUAUGGAAAGAUACAUAUUUUUAACAUUCUCAGAGAAAAGCUCAUUGUCGCUUGCUAUAAACACCCUCGUUUGUUCAUAUAAAGAGACGGGCAACUUUCGUCCAUAUAAUGGUUAGAUCAGGUAUAAUGUGGCGGGUUAUGCAAUAGGCAGGUUUAUGUUCUUUCUCUGCAAUUAUAGUAAUAAUGUUAUUUCUUUUCUGUUUUAGCUACAUGGUUAGUUGACUGAUAGAGAAUGCCUAAUAGUAUCUUUUUGAUGUGCAAUAAAGCUUAAAAUAAGUAAAUAAAUAUUAUUAUGUAUUAUGAUAAGCAAAAUCAGUGUAAUCAAUCAGCUGAGACUAGGGCACGUAAUUUAACUGGCUUAUUAGUUAUUGCUCUUACAAAUUUUCAGCGGAUCAAGCAAAAUUGAUCUUAAUGUCAAUGUCAUAAGACUGCGGUUUUAAAUAUGUUGUCACUUUAUUUUAUUUCAAGUACAAUUGCUAAUGUCGAUUUAUGCUGAAGGUGUAUGGAUUGCCGUUAUAUUUUGCUAUAUAAAAAUAAGAUUAUUGUGUUGUUACCAAAUUUUAUAU